GACCCGGGUGGCCGCCCGGCUUAGCGAUACCAGACCCGCUUCUUCCUCAGUAACGCUCCGGAGCCUGCCGCAGCUACCGCCUCCGUCCCGAGGAGGAAGGGAACCAACCCACUUUCAGCGCUCCAGCUCUUCUCUGAAGUGGAGUCUCAACCAUCAGUGGGAUUUUUAGAAGGAUAUCUAAGUAUUUGAUACACAUUUUCGGAAGGUGCACUGGGUGCAGUGCAGUCAGGCAGUAUCUUCCCCCAAUAUGUCCACUCAGCCUUCCUGCCAAGAAUUUGAAGAGGAAGAUGGAAUGCUUGUUUCUGAGAGUCAACCUGUGAAUAGUGAUUCUCUGGCAUAUUCAUCUAAAUGAGGAUUACUUCCUUAGGAUAGAUUGCCAGAAGUGGAGUUACUGGGUCAGAGGAAUGUGAAAACCUUUGCAUCUUCUGAUAGUCUAGCCAAGGUUCAAGAAGUAGCAAGCUGGCUUUUGGAAAUGAAUCAGGAACUGCUCUCUGUGGGCAGCAAAAGACGACGAACUGGAGGCUCUCUGAGAGGGAACCCUUCCUCAAGCCAGGCAGAUGAGGAACAGAUGAAUCGUGUGGUAGAGGAGGAACAGCAGCAGCAGCUAAGACAACAGGACGAGGAGCACACUGCGAGGAAUGGUGAAGUCGUUGGAGCAGAACCUAGACCUGGUGACCAAAAUGAUUCCCAGCAAGGACAAUUGGAAGAAAACAACAAUCGGUUUAUUUCCAUAGACGAGGACUCCUCGGGAAACCAAGAAGAACAAGAGGAGGAUGAGGAGCAUGCUGGCGAACAAGAUGAGGAGGAUGAAGAGGAGGAGGAAAUGGACCAGGAGAGUGAUGACUUUGAUCAGUCUGAUGACAGUAGCAGGGAAGAUGAACAUACACAUAGUAACAGUGUCACAAACUCUAGUAGUAUCGUGGACCUGCCUAUUCACCAACUCUCCUCCCCGUUCUAUACAAAGACAACAAAAAUGAAAAGAAAGUUGGACCAUGGUUCUGAGGUCCGCUCUUUUUCUUUGGGAAAGAAACCAUGCAAAGUCUCAGAAUAUACAAGUACCACUGGGCUUGUACCAUGUUCAGCAACACCAACAACUUUUGGAGACCUGAGAGCAGCCAAUGGCCAAGGACAACAACGACGCCGAAUUACGUCUGUCCAACCACCCACAGGCCUCCAGGAAUGGCUGAAAAUGUUUCAGAGCUGGAGUGGACCAGAGAAAUUGCUUGCUUUAGAUGAACUUAUUGAUAGUUGUGAACCAACCCAAGUAAAACAUAUGAUGCAAGUGAUAGAACCCCAGUUUCAACGAGACUUCAUUUCCUUGCUCCCUAAAGAGCUGGCACUUUAUGUGCUGUCAUUCCUGGAACCCAAAGACCUGCUACAAGCGGCUCAGACGUGUCGCUACUGGAGAAUUUUGGCUGAAGACAACCUUCUCUGGAGAGAGAAAUGCAAAGAAGAGGGUAUUGAUGAACCAUUGCACAUCAAGAGAAGAAAAGUAAUAAAACCAGGUUUCAUACACAGUCCAUGGAAAAGUGCAUACAUCAGGCAGCACAGGAUUGAUACUAACUGGAGGCGAGGAGAACUCAAGUCUCCUAAGGUGCUGAAAGGACACGAUGAUCAUGUGAUCACAUGCUUACAGUUCUGUGGGAACCGAAUAGUCAGUGGUUCUGACGACAACACUCUGAAAGUCUGGUCAGCCGUCACAGGCAAAUGUCUGAGGACAUUAGUGGGACACACAGGUGGAGUAUGGUCAUCACAGAUGAGGGACAAUAUCAUCAUUAGUGGGUCUACAGACCGGACUCUCAAAGUGUGGAACGCGGAGACUGGGGAGUGCAUACACACCUUGUACGGGCACACCUCCACUGUGCGCUGCAUGCAUCUCCAUGAGAAGAGGGUUGUUAGCGGUUCUCGAGAUGCCACUCUUAGGGUUUGGGAUAUUGAGACAGGCCAGUGUUUACAUGUUUUGAUGGGUCACGUAGCCGCGGUCCGCUGUGUUCAGUAUGAUGGCAGGAGGGUCGUGAGUGGAGCGUAUGACUUCAUGGUAAAGGUGUGGGACCCAGAGACGGAGACCUGUCUGCACACGCUGCAGGGGCACACUAACAGAGUCUACUCCUUACAGUUUGAUGGCAUCCAUGUGGUGAGUGGAUCUCUUGAUACAUCAAUCCGCGUUUGGGAUGUGGAGACAGGGAAUUGCAUUCACACGUUAACAGGACACCAGUCGUUAACAAGUGGAAUGGAACUCAAAGACAAUAUUCUUGUCUCUGGGAAUGCAGAUUCGACAGUUAAAAUCUGGGAUAUCAAAACAGGACAGUGUUUACAAACAUUGCAAGGUCCCAACAAGCAUCAGAGUGCUGUGACCUGUUUACAGUUCAACAAGAACUUUGUCAUUACCAGCUCAGAUGACGGAACUGUAAAACUCUGGGACUUGAAAACGGGUGAAUUUAUUCGCAACCUAGUCACAUUGGAGAGUGGGGGGAGCGGGGGAGUCGUGUGGCGGAUCAGAGCCUCAAACACAAAGCUAGUGUGUGCAGUCGGGAGUCGCAAUGGGACGGAGGAAACCAAGCUGCUGGUGCUGGACUUUGAUGUGGACAUGAAGUGAGGAGCGGGAAAGACAGCCCGUCUGGACGUGCAGACGACGUACCCCCAGCCCUUCCCCCUGCAAAAGAAAAAAAAAAAAGAAAAAAGAAAAGAAAAAGAAAAAAAAAAUCCCUUGUUCUCAGUGGUGCAGGAUGUUGGCUUGGGGCAACAGAGUGAAAAGACCUACGGACUCAGAAGGAAGAGAGGACAAACCGCAGCUGACAGGAGAGGCACCGCCGUCGUCACUGAAGGGGCUCCACUUUGACGGAGGGCAGCUUUGCAGAAGGAGACUUUAUAAAUCAAACCAGGUGCAAUUAUUUCUUUUAUUUUCUUCUCCAGUGGUCGCCGGGCAGUGUCCACGCUGGAGCGUCCUUCCAGAUUCCACUCGCCUGUUCUUUUACCACUGAGACCUGGAAGGAAGCUGCAGUAACGUCCAAACAGUACCCGCUGACUUUCUAAUCAGAGAGCAUCUGCAACAAAAAGUCAUUUUUCUGGAGUGGAAAAGCUGAAAAAGAAACAAUUACUGUGAAUUGUUUUUGUACAGUUAUCAUGAAAAGCUUUUUUUUUUUUUUUUUUUUUUUUUUUUUUUUUUUUUUGCCAACCAUUGCCAAUGUCAAUCAAUCACAGUAUUAGUCUCUGUUAAUCUAUUACUGUCGCUUCCACAUACACUCUUCAGUGCAUACGUUGCUCAAAGGUGGCAAGUUGUCCUGGGUUCUGUGAGUCCCGAGAUGGAUGUAAUUCUUGAUGCUGGUGCUAGAAGUAGGUCUUCACAUCUGGGAUCGUUGUCCCACCCCUGUACUGUACUCCCAGUGGCCAAACUUAUUUAUGCUGCUAAAUGAAAGAAAGAAAAAAAAAAGCAAAUUAUUUUUUUUUAUUUUUUUUCUGCUGUGACGUUUUAGUCCCAGACUGAAUUCCAAAUUUGCUCUAGUUUGGUUACGGAAAAAAAAAAAGACUUUUUGCCACUGAAACUUGAACCAUCUGUGCCUCUAAGAGGCUGAGAAUGGGAGAGUUUCAGAAAAUAAAGAGUGAAGUUUGCCUGCAAGUAAAGAAUUGAGAGUGUGUGCAAAGCUUAUUUUCUUUUAUCUGGGCAAAAAUUAAAACACAUUCCUUGGAACAGAGCUGUUGCCGCCUGUUCUGCGGAGAGACCUUUCUUUUUGAGGGCUGUGGUGAAUGGAUGAACGUACAUCAGAAAACUGACAAAAUAUUUUAAAAAUCCAUAAAACACAAAAUUAAAGUUGCUGGUCAGUCUUAGUGUUUUACAGUAUUUGGGAAAACAACUGUUACAGUUUUAUUGCUCUGAGUAACUGACAAAGCAGAAACGAUCCAGUUUUUGUAGUAAAGGCGUCACAUGCAAACAAGCGAAAUGAAUGAAAAAGUCAAAUGGUUUGCCUCAUUCUCCAAGAGCCACAACUCAAGCUGAACUGUGAAAGUGGUUUAACACUGUAUCGUAGGUGAUCUUUUUUUUUCCUCCUCCUGUUUAUUUUUUUUGUUUGUUUUAUUUAUAGUCUGAUUUAAAACAAUCAGAUUCAACUUGGUUAAUUUUAGUUAUGUAACAACCUGACAUGAUGGAGGAAAACAACCUUUAAAGGGAUUGUGUCUAUGGUUUGAUUCACUUAGAAAUUUUAUUUUCUUAUAACUUAAGUGCAAUAAAAUGUGUUUUUUCAUGUUA